AUGGCUAACACACACUUUUUAUCACUCGAGGAGCAAAGGGUGCUUGCACAAUUUACAAAUAAAGUGGUUGGUCCUGUAGUCUUCAAUAGUGACACUGAGAUGUGGGGACUUAACGACAGUAUAAUCUCUGAUAAAAUCUACCAAAACUCGAAUUUGUGUUUUGUCAUUGAAGACACUGCGAGCAACAAAUUUGGUGGCGUUUUCUUUGAUACAAUCACUGAUCGAAGUGGGUGGAUUUCAAGUCCUUCUGCCUUCAUAUUUUCACUUGUCAAAGAUGGGGUAUCAAACUCCAAGAAAUUCAGAGUCCGAGAUAGUAAAGGUUUUAUGUAUGACGAAUGGGAAAAACCAGAAGAAGCAGCAUUCAAAAUGUUUGAGCUUAAUAACAAGUACUUAUUCGCGUUUGGUGGAGGGUAUGACAUCGCUGUCGCCAAGAAAGGAGCUGCCCAAAGUUAUUGCAAAACUUCGAAGUUAAAAGAGUGUUGGCACAGAGACAUCAAACCAGACAACAUUCUUGUGUUUUCACUUGAUGUGAAUGACAAAGUGAAUGCGAAAUUGACUGACUUUGGAUCAUCAAGAAAUAUCAAUAUGAUGAUGACCAACAUGACUUUCACUAAAGGUAUUGGAACACCAAAGUACACGGCGCCUGAAAUAUUGAAAAAAGAGAAAUACAAGAAGAGUGCUGAUAUAUUCUCACUUGGAGUGACCAUGUUUGAGUGUUUUAGUUGGAAAGAAGCAUAUCCAAAAGAAGACUUCAAAUACCCAUGGAAAAUAGCCGAGUUUGUGAUGUCUGGAAAACGUCUUGAAAAUAGUCAUCACAUUCCAAACAACGUUUUUGCUAUAAUCGCAUCUUGUUGGUGUCUAAAUUCAAAUGAAAGAAUUUCAUCCGAAGAAGUUGUAUUAAAAUUAGAGAAAGUUGUAUAA